UCAGAUACACCGCAGCGGACCACCAACUUCUUGCCACAACACAACACAUUUGGCACGCUUACACUCCUUAACCAGAGACACAGAGGCGUAACCAGGAGAAGAAUCGUGAAGAAAAAGGAAAGACACUCUUUUGUCUCCAUGGACACUCAACUUCCUACAAGCACUUCUUAGUCUGUGUAGCACAGCAGCGGGUCCCUGCCAUCCUUUUAAUAAUUCAUCCUGUUGGUCUGCGAGCCGUGAGCCUGCAACGCUCACAAACUUUUCCUCCUUCAACUUUAACGUGGCAGCGGGCGGCUAUUUCUGCAAGUCUUGUCACCAAGACCAAGAAGACAAUACAGGUUGAAGCACCUUGUGAGUGUCUUGAUUCUGCGAGUAUGUGGGGGAGAAUUGGAGAAAGGUGCAUUGGUGUGUAAAUAUGUGUUUGUGUGUUUGGAAGAAGGGCAUCGUGCUGUGAAAUUGGACACUUUUAUGACUCUUUUUGGACUUGGGACUUGAAACUGAUUGAAUGUGCCAAACAGAGGCGUUUUUGGAGAUCGCAAGGAGGCUCGUAUGGAACGUUGGUCUCAUUUGUGAGAUUCAUUGGUGAAGGUACUGUUUGUGCUGUGUUCAGGGUGUUGUAGGGGCAGUCUGCACCCCCUCUCCUCAGAUUCUCUUUGACCAUGGCUGGCUGUGCCAGCCGCUGCAGACAGGGGGUGCUAAAGCUUAUGCUGUCCCUUCAGAGACUCGUCUCAGGAACCCUCAGUAAAGAUAAGCUAGAUGAUGAAUUGGAGAUGACGAUGGUAUGCCACCGGCCGGAGGGUCUGGAGCAACUCGAAGCACAGACGAACUUCACCAAGCAAGAGCUGCAAGUCCUUUACAGAGGUUUCAAAAAUGAAUGCCCGAGUGGAGUGGUGAAUGAGGAGACAUUUAAACACAUUUACGCUCAAUUUUUCCCUCAUGGAGAUGCCAGCACAUACGCACAUUAUCUCUUCAAUUCAUUUGACACCAGAAAUGAUGGAUCUAUAAAGUUUGAGGACUUUGUGAUGGGACUGUCCACACUACUACGUGGGACGGUCAGAGAGAAACUUGAGUGGACAUUUCAUCUCUAUGACAUUAACAGUGAUGGGUUUAUCAGCAAGGAAGAAAUGACGGAGAUAGUGAGGGCUAUCUAUGACAUGAUGGGCAAAUACACAUACCCUGCUUUAAAAGGGGAUGUACCAAAGCAGCAUGUGAAUGCCUUCUUUGAGAAAAUGGACAGGAAUAAAGAUGGAGUUGUAACAUUAGAGGAAUUUGUCCUCGCCUGCCAGGAGGAUGAAAAUAUGAUGAGAUCCAUGCAGCUCUUUGAAAAUGUGAUAUAGGGAAGACUAAGAAAGCAAGAGAAUUGUAUAUACAGUAUAUUUAGUGAACAAAGUUGAACUUGGGGCAUAGUGAGAUGGACAGAUGCAUGAGAAUCUGCCUUUUAUAUUUCUCUCUCUCUGUUUAAGCCUUGUCACAUAUUUAUUGUUGUUUACCAGCCAAAACUCCACCAUGACUCUGUACUCCCAACAGAUAAUCGGAAGAUUUCUUAUGUUUGUGAAGGCAUUGCGUGAUGUCUGGCCAUCAGAUCUUCAACCUUCUGCCCAAAAGAACAUCACAUUAAACAUCUCAGGCUUUUUUUCGUUUGCUGGACCCUAGAGUUCAGGACUCUGCAUUUGGUCUACUGGAACUGCAUUCUAGAGGCAGAAGACCUCCUUUGCUUGCUUUCUUGUUUAAAGAGCUUGCAUGAUAAAAACCAGCGGAAAUGUUCCCUAUGAGUUGCUUGAAAAUAACCUUGGCCUUCCAAAAUCUAAGUUGAAUUUCUUAAAGUGUAUAUAGGCCUACUUUCCAUGUUUUUUUUAAUGGCAUGGGGUUUGUGAGAUACCUAAUGAGAAGUCUUGUGUUGUCAGUGUUAACAAUGUUCUUUGUAGGUUAUUACCGUCUAUAGUUCACCCGCUUAUGUUUGUCUGUCCUAGUACCUGCCAUUGUCCUACAGAUCAAAGUAAAUAAGAUGACACUAAAUCCCAAAGUAUGUGUGUGCGUGGGUUUUGCUAUGUUUGUGGGAGAAAGGUUUACAUGACGGCUAACAUGAGAUGUGUGCGCGUGUGCAUGGCUUUUAUUUAAAGUGUGUGUGUGUUGUGUCUGUGUGUGUAUGCAUAUGAGUGUGUGUACAUGUAUAUGCGUGUGCGUGUGUGCGCGCGUGUGUGUGCGUGUGCGUGUGUGCGUAUGUUGUGUGUCUGUGGAUAUAAAAACAAUUUACUGUAAGAAGAAGCAUAAUUUCUGUAUGUAAACUUGACAAGUGACAAUCCAGUCCUCCAGCUAUCCCCUGUAAACCAAAAUCGAGUUUCUUACAAGAAAAUUUAAGGUAAAUUAUAUGAAAUGAAUGAGAUGAGUUAUAUGGCAGACGGUCAAGUUCAAUCAUUAGAAAUGUAAGACAUGUACAUAUUUGGUGCCACAUACAGAAAUGAUCGAGGACGCAAAUACAAACUGUGAAACUAUCAUAAAUCUUAAUCAACUAUAAAUAAAAAAUAUUCGUGGAAUAACUACA